AUGUCUUUUUUCGAUCGCAUAGCAAGCCCGCAUCGCAAAUCGCCAGGUCUACCUUUUCAUAAACCUCCGAUCCGAUCACCUAGUGAAUACCAGCUUAACGAACUAGAUCCUCGGCCUGACGAUGUCUUAUCGGCCGAUGGGGACCUGCCUAGAGCUUGGCUGGCCGACUAUGAGGAGUCAACGACGUCUCGUGGGCAAUCCCCAAGCACAUGGCGGGACAAGGGCAGUCCAGCCCAGUCAUAUUUCAAGAUGAAGCCGAGGGCAAUGUUUGCUGGUCCACCGCCGCCGAUAACUGCGUCAAUGAUGCUCACCAAGGACUCGGCCCGGGCAAACUCUGUUGGCCCUUCAGGUCGCAGCAAACAUACUCCCUACAGUCUUCUCGGUGGGAGCCCUACCGAAGCCAAUAGCGUGCUGUUCGAUCAUAGACGUGAAGCUGGUGCGCACAACACAGAUUCCAUCUGGCGAGGAUUGCGGAGGCAAGAGAAGGCUUUGGAGCAAGAUGUCCAGCGGUUACUUGAUCAACAGGCUGCCGCGCUGGCAGCUGGAUCUGGCAAUGAGAAUGAUGCCUCCAGCACAGGCAGCAGCACACCAACUGGCACCUUUUACUCUACAAAAAGCUCCAAAUCGAGAAUGACUAGCUCCCUCUAUGUACCACCUCGAGCCACCCGCGACGGCAACGUGGUUCCAAUUCGGCAGCCAACGAACGAUAAGCCCCCUGGGUUGAAAUCUACACGAGAAGAUCUCCGAAAAUUGAUUGCCUCGAUGACGAAGCUCAAACGAGACGAAAAUGCCCACAUAGCAGAUGCCAUGGCCCAACGAGAAGACGCCCUCAACUACCUGGAUGGGCUAGGCACCAGGAAAUCUGAUAUUCAAGCAGAGCUGCACGAUUUGGAGGAAAAUGGUGACGAACCGCUAGCGAAAGAGCUGCGGGAACUUGGUACGCAGCAUGGUGCCCUGAGCGAAGAAAUCCGGCAGCUUGAGGAGAGAUUAGCGGCUAUGCGCUUCCAGUGCCGCACACUGGAGGAGAGAAUGGACGACAUUAAGAACAAAAGAGAAGCAGGGCUAAGUGGAUAUCAUGGCGCAUUAAGAGACGUGACAAACGAGGUCAAGGCAUUUGUACAACAUCCACCAAUCCAACCACUUGACCCGGACCUCUUAAACCACGGCGGCGAGGUUGACGGAGACCCGGCCGCUUCGGGGGGAGUUGAGUUUAUGCGACUCAUCCCCGAGCGGCGGACACUAGAAAUGGCAAAAUCGUGGUGGGAAGCGGAGAUGUCAGUAUUGGAGCGCUGCAAAGAGCGGAUUGAUACAGAUCGACUAGCAUUGGAAGAGGGGGGCCAAGUCUGGGACAAGGUUACGCAGCUGACUCGACCUCGAAAGGCAAAGAAAAAGUUCCCUCUCUGGAAGAUAUCAUAUCGUCUCAGCUUUCACGAAUGA